GGCCGACGGGAUGCCAUUGAUUCGGGUUGAUGUCUGUGCGUUCGGUGGUGUAGUGCGCGUACUAUAGUGAUUAGAUGUUGAUAGAACUACGUUGUGUUAGUAGCUCGCGAUGUUCCGUAAUUUUUGAACGACGUGCUGUUUUCUAUGUAUGUUAUUUUUGACAACACGACCGUUUUCGCCUCGCGUUUAGGUGCUCCGGUCGCGGCACCGUAAUGCGUCGUGCACACCAAGUGAUAAUGCGGCGGACACCCAACGACCUAUCGUUGAACAACAUUCGUGCAACAGUUUGAAGAGCAACCGUGAUAAACUGUGAACCAUGGAUAGUGUUCGAGCUCUGGAGGUAAUGGGUCUCCUUCAGGAGAAAAUAGCUUUCCUUACUGGUGGUCGAGAUAAACGAGGGGCACCUGUAGUUACGUUUCCUUCUACACCUCGAAGAGAACGAGCUAAACUUGAAGAUUAUCGACGACUAUUACAAUACUUUGGUUCCAUCCCUCCAUGUGAAGCUAAAGAAUCAGGUUUAGUAGCUGUGAUUGACAUGCGUGGUGGUUCUGGAUGGUCAUCUGUCAAACCAAUCUUGAAAGCCCUCCAAGAUUGGUGUGCUGGAGGCAACGGAAAUCACGUGUAUGCUGUAUAUGUUGUAAAACCUGACAAUUUUUGGCAUAAACAACGAACCAGCAUGGCUAGUCAUAAAUAUAAAUUUGAAACAACGAUGGUAAAUUUAGAAGGAUUAUCUAAAUAUAUAGAUUCAACUCAGUUAACAUCAGAUCUAGAUGGAUCUCUACAUUAUGAUCAUGCUCAAUGGAUUGAUAUUCGGCUUAGUAUCGAAGAAUUUAUGUGGCAAGCAGCUGAUUUAUUAGAUCGGUUGGACGAUUUACAAGAAGACUUGAGUCGUAAUGACUGUAGAGAUGAUAUUGCCGGAGCCAAACUUGCCCUAGACUUUCAUACCGAUAUGAAAAAGAAAGUACUAAAGACUCCAGUAGAAGAUAUGGAUUUAGCUGGGCAACAACUCUUACAGAGGUUAUCUGGAGACAAUAGUAGUGGUUAUGAUUCAGGUUAUUCUGGAAGAGAUAGUGAAGCUAGUAAUGGAAUUAGUAAUCCAGAUUUACAAGCUUCUGUUCCACAAAUACUACAGCAAUUGGAUACCAUUAGAACAUCCCACAAACAUGUUUUGCAGCUGUGGCAGCAUAAAAAGUUAAAGUUAGAUCAAUGUUUUCAAUUAAGACUUUUUGAACAAGAUUGUGAAAAGAUGUUUGAUUGGAUUUGCCAUAAUCGAGAUGUGUUUCUAAUGAGCUAUGUCGAAAUUGGACAUUCAUAUCAACUUGCCAAAGAUAUACAAGAAGAGCAUAAUCAUUUUACUAUGAGUUCUAUGAAUGUAUAUGUAAACAUUAAUCGUAUUGUGGCUGUUGCACAUCGUAUGAUUGAAUCUGGACAUUAUGCUUCUAAUCACAUAAGAUCAGUUGCUCAACGGUUAGAUAGAACAUGGAAGCAAUUUGCAGCAGGAUUAGAUGAAAGGACAUCAGUGUUAGCAUUAUCUGUCCUAUUCCAUCAUAAAGCUCAGCAGUAUGUGGAAAAUGUACCAAAUUGGGAUGAGGCCAUAGAAAAUGUUACCAUACCAAAUGAAAUUAUGGUAUUGGAAAGUUCAAUUCAUCAACAUCAAAACUUAUAUGAACUCAUGUGUCAAGCUUAUACAGAGGUGUAUAAUGCGUAUCAAAGCCUAUUAAAUGGGCUGGAUACUUUGGUACAAGUCUGUGAAAGUUUUCCAACUCCUCCGAGUAAUACACCAUUUGUAUACUAUGGCAAUUCUCCACAAAAUAAUUUGGAUAGUGGAUCUGAAUCUUCAGCUAAUACUACCAAGGCAUUAGGAACAAAUCAUCAACAAGCUGCAGCUGAUUAUUCUGAAGGAGCAAGCCAUGUGCUUGCUGUUAUACACCAAAUUUUAAACCACCACAGAAGUUUGGAACAUAGGUGGCAUUCAAAAAAGAUAAGACUUCAUCAAAAAUUGGCAUUACGAUUAUUUCAAGAAGAUGUCAAACAAGUUCUUGACUGGUUAUCUAAUCACGGAGAAGUUUUUCUAAGAAAAAAUACGGGCAUUGGACGUACAUUACAAAAAGCUCGAGUGUACCAAAAAAGCCAUGAACAUUUUGAAAAUGUUGCUCAGAACACGUACACAAACGCAGAGAAACUUUUGACGGCGGCGGAAGAAUUGUCUCAGACUGGCGAAUGUGACGCGUCUGACAUUUGCUCGGUAGCCGCCGAGCUCGAAAGUCAUGUGGCCGCUUUUGCGGCUCGUGUUCAGGCUAGAAGAAGACGUUUACAGAGAGCUGUGAAUUUCUAUACACAUCAGUCCGAGCUCCAGGGUUGGCUCGAUGAACUCAGAGCUGAAACCGACGGGUGUGACGAAGCCGCGGACACUCUUGAAGGCACAGAAAGAGCUCUUGAACAAGUCAGCCACCAACGGGAUUCGUGUUUGGAUGCAUGUCAUUCGACAAUAACUGAAGGAGAGGCCUUAUUACAAGAACUAAGAAGUGGAGGUGUAACUGCAGAAAUGGAUCCCACUGGAUCAGUGGCUGCAGUAGAUGCUGCACUUGAGCGACUGAAUAAACAACGUUUAGAAUUAGAACAACUAUGGGCAACUAGAAAAUUGAAGUUAGAUUUAUGUUUGAGGCUACGUAUUUUUGAAAGAGAUGCACUUGAGGUAUCAUCACAGUUGGAACUUUGGGCUAAUGAAUUAGAACGAAAUCAAAAUGAAGUAAUUAAUACAUUAUCGGAAGCCGAGUCACGAUUAUCUCGCCAUAAUGAUUCAGUUUCACAGAUGCAAUCAGCUGUUUAUCAAGCACUAGAACAAGGAGAACAACUGGCUCAGGUUUUGGAUAAAUCUGGAGUCGGUGUUAUGGCCGAUAGUCAGUACACUGCUCAAACCAGAGUGCAAGUGUUACUCGAGUUUUUACAUGAACGUCACAUGGAUUUAGUGGAAUUAUCUGAAAUCAAACGUAGCCGACUUGAUCAAGCUGUUCAAUUAUGUCAAUUUAAUAAUGAUGCAUCACAAGUGAUAAGUUGGAUUAGAAAUGGUGAAUCAAUGUUAUCAGCAAAUUUCACUAUUCCCAACUGUUUAGUAGAUGCAGAAAUUCUUAAAAAAGAACAUGAACAAUUUCAAGUUGCAAUUGAAAAAACUCACUCUGCUGCUGUUCAAGUAAAACAGUUAGCUGAAUCUCUUGUAGCAGCCAAUCAUUAUGAUUCAACAACAGUUAAAGAAAUGGCUGUAGAAGUUACUAAACGGUGGCAGCAGUUAGUUACAUGUGCUGAAGAACGACACAAAUUAGUUACCGCUAGUCUCAAUUUUUACAAAACUGCUGAACAGGUAUGCUCAGUAAUGGAUAGUCUUGAACGAGAAUAUCGCCGUGAAGAAGAUUGGUGUGGUGGUGGUACCAUUGAAGCAGAUAAAUUAGGACAACUUUGUACUAAACAUCAAGAACAAAAAGAAGCUUUUUUAAAAGCAUGCACAUUGGCUAGGCGCACAGCUGAAACUUUUCUGAAGUACACCAAUCGUAGUUUGCAGUAUUACAGCUGUGCUAAUCAAUCCAUGGCUAGUGUGGAUACAGCAUCAGAAGCACGGGUUAAGAAUAUUCUAGAAAAAUUAUCUGGUCAAGAAAAUAAAGUACUUGAUCAUUGGUCACAAAGGAAGAAACGACUUGAUCAGUGUCAACAAUUUGUGUUGUUUGACAAAUCAGCCAAACAAGCUAUGGAAUGGAUACAUAACGCUGGUGAACAGUAUUUAAAUACCCAUACUACUGUUGGUGCCACACAGGAUGAAACAAGACAUUUACUUCAUGAACAUAACGAGUUUAAAACAUCGGCCAAAGAAACACGUGAGAAAGUUAAAUUGUUAAUACAGUUGGCAGAUAAUUUAGUAGAAAAAGGUCAUGCUCAUGCAAAUGCUAUAAAACAAUGGGUGGCUGCUGUUGAUAAUACAUACAAACAUUUUAGUUCUAGAAUGGAUAAAUAUAGACUUGAGUUAGAAAAGAGUUUGGGCAUACAAGAGCAUGUUGAUACACGUGAUUUAUCAAUUGAUAGAAACUCAGAUCCUAAUUUAGAACAAAAAGUCAAAGAAUCAUCAUCUAAAGAUUUGAAAGAAUUAAACGAAGAAAAGAGAAGGUCAGCUAGACGUAAAGAAUUCAUUAUGGCUGAACUUCUCCAAACUGAACGAACAUACGUUAAAGACUUGGAUGUUUGCAUUAAAGCCUACUUAGAUGAAAUUCGUGCUCUUCAAAAUGUUCCAAUUGGUCUCCAUGGUAGAAUUGACAUUUUGUUUGGUAACAUCGAAGACAUACGUAAUUUUCAUCGAGAUGUAUUUAUUAAAGAACUAGAAAAAUAUGAAACUAUGCCAGAAGACGUAGGACAUUGUUUUGUUACAUGGGCUCAGAAAUUUGAUAUGUACGUGAAAUAUUGUAAAAACAAACCAGAAUCUAAUGCCAUAUUAGUGCAGCAUUCAGGUUCUUGUGGUGGUGUUUUUGAAGAACUCCAAAAGAAAUACAACAUAGAUCAUCCUAUUGCUGCUUACCUAAUAAAACCUGUGCAAAGAAUUACUAAAUACCAGUUAUUGUUAAAAGAUCUUCAAUCGUGUUGUAAAGAAGGGCAAGGGGAAAUUAAAGAUGGCUUGGAUGUUAUGUUAAGUGUACCUAGAAAAGCUAAUGAUGCUUUGCAUUUAUCCCUCUUAGAAGGAUGUGAUAUUUCUACUGAUGAACUAGGGGAUGUAGUAGUGCAAGAUACAUUGUAUGUGUCAGACUCAAGACAUCACCUAUUGCGUAAAAGUCGGGAAAGACAUUGUUUUCUAUUUGAGUUAUACUUAGUGUUUGCUAAACACGUAAAAGAUAAUUCAAACAAUCCUAAAGUGAAGUAUUUAUACAAAAACAAACUCAUGACCUCAGAACUAGGUGUAACUGAACAUAUUGAAGGAGAUGAGUGUAAAUUUGCCGUAUGGACUGGUCGUGCACCAAUUUCAGAUUACCGUAUUGUAUUAAAAGCAUCUACUUUAGAAGGAAAACAAACAUGGGUUAAAAAACUCAGAGAAGUUAUUCAAGAGACAUAUUUCAAUUCAGCUUUGCGCAUGUAUAUGCCUAAGAGUCCUGCAAAACUUAAACCAGAAAGUCAGCGAUGCAGCCGAGAUUUGGAAGAAGAAAAUCUAGAUCGAGGUUCAUUAGCUUCAUUUGGAUCAGGAAAUACCACCGAUUCAGACAAGAAUUCCGGUGUGGAGAUGACGUGGGUGAUAGCGGACUUCACAGCGACAACCGCCGGCCAGGUGUCUGUUACCAAGGGUCAGCAAGUGGAACUCUUAGACUGUUACGGUGGUAUAAGUGAAAUGGUCCUAGUGCGUGUACCGUCCGACUGUACCGAAGGCAUGGUGCCCCAUAUCGUUCUUAAACAACCACCAUCGCUCAAAUCACCACUGGCUUCAGAAGUCGUCACCGCCGGAGGAGAAUGUACCGAGAACGCCACUACUUCUGCGAUUUGUAACAAUUCACCAGUGACCAAAAGACGCGUUUUCAGUGGAAGAAUGUGGAUUCCGCCGCCGUUAAGAAAAUUCAGCACCGGUAACAAAGUCGACAAGAACCACGUGCAGUCUACCAAAAAGUCGGAUAAAAAAUACAAGUCGCCUGUCAGUGAAGUCACCAAACCGAUACCGAAUGAAGACGAACAGAAUGGCGAAGAACCGGAUGAUGAACUCGAAUUGCCACCACCCAUGAAACCUAUAUCCGAGUCAAUUCUGGUGAACGCCUCGGAUGCGACGAGCGUUGCCUCGCAAAGAACGUCGGGACUGUCGGCGGAAGUAACCGCCUCGUCUUCGGCCGAUUUGGCUGAGAUUGAACAGAUCGUCAAAGAAAGAAUGGAACAGCACACCACCACAGCUUCUAUUUCAUCCACCGACAAAACGAGCGAUGAAUCGAGACUGAAGAAUGAUGAAAACGAAUGCAAAAAAGCGCUUCAUAAACGGGAGUACGUGAUGCGUGAGCUAGUCGAGACCGAAAGGGAUUACGUUCGGGACUUAUCUUUAGUAGUUGAAGGGUACAUGACGGUGAUGAAAGAUCCUGAGGCUGCAGGCUGUGACAUCCCUGUCCCCGAGGACUUAAAAUCCGGAAAGGACAAAAUUAUCUUUGGCAAUAUCGAACUUAUUUACGUAUGGCAUAGAGAUGUGUUCUUGUCAGCUGUUGAACGAUGCCUCACCCAGCCACACGAGCUCGGCAAGUUAUUCAAAAAAUACGAGCGAAAACUUUUGAUGUACGUCGUUUAUUGUCAGAACAAGCCCAUUUCCGAAUAUCUUGUGUCUGAAUACGAUUACUAUUUUGAGGAAAUGCGACAGUUCCUAGAUCAUAAGCUGCAACUAUGCGAUAUAUUAAUCAAGCCCGUACAAAGGAUUAUGAAAUAUAAGCUACUAUUACAGGAUAUAUUUAACUACACAGAGCGAGCAAAGUUAGUUGACGAAAUGGAAGCGCUGCAACAGGCCAUGCAUGUUAUGCAUGUGGUGCCUAAAGCAGCCAAUGAUAUGAUGGACGUUGGUCGUUUGCAAGGUUUUGAUGGCAAAAUAACUGCUCAGGGCAAACUAUUAUUGCAUGGUAUGUUAACAUGUGCUGAGAGGCCUUGUAGCAAUCCUAAUCGGAUGCCCCACAGAGACCUGCAUGUUUUUCUGUUUGAACAAAGUAUAAUAUUCAGUGAAGAAGUAGGCAAGAAAACGCAGUUUACUAGUCCAGUUUAUGUUUACAAAGCACACAUCCAGGUGAAUAAAAUGACUUUGGAAGAGAGGCAUGGCUCAUCAAGCAGCAACUCUUCUGAUGACUCGUCCGAUGGAUCAUUUAUUAUCAAAUCUACUGACCCCAAAAGACCUCCAUUAUGGUUUGUGUGCCAUGCGCACAGUGCUGAAUCACGAACUGAAUGGCUGCAAAACCUCCGACAAAUCCUCCAGACUCAGCGAGACUUUCUAAAAGCUAUACAGUCGCCCAUAGUAUAUCAAAAAGAGUUGACUAAGGAGGCUAGUUAGUUAUAAGUGCAUUAUAAAAUUACCAUUCUUUAAAUUGCUGUGGUAAUAGUUUAGUAUGAUUGUGUCAUGAAAUCGGCACAUAACAAUUUAUUAAGUCUGAACACUCUCUCAAGCAGAUUGAAUAUUAUUAUUAUUAUUAUUAUUAUUAUUAUUAUUAUUAUCAAGAUGACAUUCCUAUUUUACAUUAUCUUUUAAAUUUAUCUAAGUAGUUUUAACAUAAUCGAAGAAAUAUAUCACUUUAUUUUUUCGUUUAAGACAACAUCGAAUAAAUAUAAUUAUUAUUAUAUAAGAUUGACUUUUAACUUUAGAGUUUUCUAGAAAAUAUAUUUAUAUAUUUUUAUUUUUUAUUUUGGUGAAAACGUCCAUUAAAAAAAAAAAAAAACUGUUGACAAUAUUUAUGUGCAUGUGUAUCAAACAUCUUCAGUUUUUUUUUUUUUUUUUUUUUUAUGGGUCUAGUCAAAUUUUUAUGUAGGCUAAUUUCUAUUAUAUAACUUUUAUUUUACUGUAAUUAUUAAUUAUUAUUUAUAAAUCCUAUGCAGUUUCAUAAGAUUAUUAAUCGUAACAUAAUUAUGUAUUUAAUAAUUUAGACAGUAAUAUUGUACAAAACAAAAUUAUCCAUCGUCUAAUUAUGUUAGUUAGAAAUUAACUAGUGAAUUUAUAAUAUCCAAUAGCGAUGGUCCAAUAUUUAUUAUUAUCAAUGAUGCCUUAUAUUGAGAGUCUAUUGUAAUUGUAUCAAAAUUGAAUAUGACUUGUAUUGUUUUUGUCAGUAGACGGAUAUCAAGCCGUUAAUAUUAUGUAUAUAUAUAUAUAUAUAUA